AUGAAAGCAUUUGAUACUCUGGACGAGGUUGUUACUCUGGAGGUGCUUGUUUCUCGUGCUGCUCCGACUCAUUGUCGGAGUCGUCUUCUUCCGGAGGUUGCUCACUGCCUCCCCACUGCUGAAAUCUUCUUCUUCUUCGAUUUGGCUGAGGUAUUUGCUUUCAAAAUUGGGAUUUCCAAAAUUGAAAUCCCUAAACCAAAAACAUUGAUCAAGCAAGAUUUCACGACAUCCAUACUUCGACAAGCCAAUUUCAAAGGCGCGAAAUUGCUUGGUGCUAGCAUCUUCGAUGCCGAUUUGACAGGAGCCGACCUUUCUGAAGCUGAUCUUAGGAUGGAUAAUUUCUCCAAUCGUUCCUACCUGCAGGCAAAUUUGAACAACGCGAACUUGGAAGGCACAACUGCAACGGGAAACACAUCUUUCAAAGGAUCAAAUAUAACAGGAUCAAAUUUCACAGAUGUAUCACUGCGAGAUGAUCAACGUGAAUAUCUUUGCAAAGCUGCAGAUGGGGUGAAUCCGACCACCGGAAACGCAACACGGGACACAUUGCUUUGCAAUUAG